AUGAGCUACUUCAGUGUCGGCGGACCUAUCGACUGGCCCGACUUCAGCACCAUGAUGGAAAGCAGCGAUAUCGACCUCCCUGCAGGAGCAUAUGUUGCACUACCUAUCGGUAAUACGGUCAGCAUUGCGAAGGCAUAUCAGAUUCAAGAGGAUCCUGCUAUUGCUUUUAUGUCCGGUGCAAAACCUGUUCCGGGCGGCGAUGGAAUGACGUUCGUCGAGUACAGUGGAGGAAAUAUCCCGGUCCCUCCUGCUGUGGGUGAAGGCCCGUUGGCCGGAAUGCGAUUUGCUGUCAAGGACAUCUACCAUGUCAAAGGCCUCACAACAUCCGGCGGGUCCCGAUCCUUUUACGACACCUAUGGUCCACAGAACUUCACAAACGAGGUCGUCGAGACAUGUCUGGCCGCUGGAGCUCAGCUCGUCGGCAAGACAAAGACUAUCGCCUUUGCUCUUGGCACACCCCUCAACGGGUGGCAAGUCGACUAUCAGGACCCAUGGAGCUUCAGAGGCGACGGCUACCAGACAACCGGCGGCAGCAGCUCUGGCUCAUCUGCGGCCAUUGUGGCAUACGACUGGCUGGACUUCACGAUUGGGAGUGACACCGGAGGCAGCGUCCGCUAUCCAGCGCGCCACGCCGGCUUCUAUGGGUACAAGGCCACGCACGGCAUGUACAACCUCACAGGCAUCCUCCCUGCAAUCGCCGAGCAGGACACUCCUGGCACAUGGCGAGGUCACCAGAAAUCUUCACCACAGUCGGCCGCGUCUGGCUCAACGUACUGGGCCGACGAGCCAGCCCUAACCCAGCCCGAAGCCGAGGCCAUGAAGCUCGAGUUCUUCACAAAAGUCGAAACCCUCCUGCAAGCCAAAACAACAACCGUCAACCUCACCUCCAGCUUCCGCGCCAACGUCAUCAACGAAACCUUCCAAUCCUACUACUUCUACGUCUACCAAGACCAAAACUCAGCACAGUCCUGGGAUCUCAUCGGCAAACCCCUAGCCGAAGCCUACGGAGCCGCCAACGACGGCGCCUUCCCACCCCUCGACCCCGCUGUCAACCUGACUGCUGAUGGCGUCAACGCAACCACUCGUGCACGCUACAACGAGUCCGUGCAUCGCCGCGAGCAGUAUGCCGAGUGGUUCAACACGUAUAUUCUGCCCACGGAUCCGGAGACUUGUACGUCCGCGAUUGUGGCACAUAGUCUGCAUGUUCCGCCUUCGACGGUGAAGGUAGACCAGACGAAGGUGCAUCUCGUUGAGGGGUAUGGGAGUGGGCUGGAAGCCUCCUUUGCAGGAUUUCCGGAGAUUGUGGUGCCGAUAGGGCAGAUCGAGUACCACAGUCAUUUCACGAGGAAGAUGGAGUGGCAGCCAGUGACGGUGGCUUUUGCAGCGGCGGUGGGCUCUACGGACGCUGCAGACGCAACAGAAGGAACCACCGAUGCUGCCGAUACCACUGAUGCGACGGACACUGUGGCCUUUACCGAAGAUACCGAAGCGGUGACUGCAGGUGCGGAGACCGCAGAGGCGGCCACGCUUGCUUGGACACUGACGGAGGCUGUCGGGACGGAGACGACAGAGAUCGCAGAGGUCGCGGCGGUCGCGACGGUUGCUUGGGCACCUACGGCGGCAGUUGCACCGGAGACGACAGAUGCAACGGGGACUGUGACCUUCGCCGAAGACGCUGAAAGCGUGACUCCAAGUACAUUGACCGCAGAGGCCGUGGCAGUAACUUGGGCGCUCACGGAAGCUGUGGGAGCGGAGACGACAGAGGCAAUGGAGACAACCGCUGCCGAAGCGGUCGCACCCGCUGGAGUCGCAACCGAGAUAGUUGCGGUGCCAACACUUCCUAGGACGCCAGCCUGCACCGAUGAUGACUGUGUGGCGAUUGUGGCGCCAACGCUGGCUUGGACCAAUGACGACGCCGAGCCUAAUGCCGAUACAGCGACAAGUGGAGCGGCAGCGGAUGUUGUGCUGACCAGGGUCAGCAAUGUUGUUGGCUGCAAAGUAGCGGCGACAGCGGCGUUCGACAGCGACAAACUUGCCAACGAGGCGCUCGCAAGUGAUGCACUCGCGCGUGACGCACUUGCCUGUGCGGCUGCAGAAACACUGGCCGCAGAUAUACUAGCUGCCGCCGCCAGGCUGGCUGAUGCACUUGCCGAAAGCUGGCUUGCUGAGGCAACACUUGCGACUGAAGCAAGGCUGACUGAAUAUGCACUGGCGGAAGCACUUGCCGCGACGCUGAGAACAGAAGCGCUGGAUGCAGCAGCGACGGCCUCCAAAGAGGCGCUCAACGCAGAAGCUGAAGCCGCGGAGGCGCUGGCCAAGUUUGCACUGCUGAUAGAUGCACUGGCGGCAAGCUCUGCAGCACUCGCCGCAGCAAUACUUGCAGAGAUUGAAGCACUGAUAGCAGCAGCGGAGGCCGAGGAAGCACUUGCCUUGAGUGAUAAGGCUGCGUCGAGUGAUGCACUAACAUCCGCUGUUGGAAGUACUGCCGCAGAAGUGAUAGUUGACGCCGUUGCGAUUGCAGUGCUAAUACUUUCGCCGGUGACGCCUGCGAGACUCGUUGCGAUGGGGACGGCUGUGACAGUCGGGCUCACCAAAAUGGAUGCUGAAACGGUUGCUCCUGCUGCACCUAAAAGAGAGAUAGACGCCGACGACAGCGACAGCACCGAAGCAGGAACUGUUUGUGUGAUCAACGUCGUCGGGACCGAUGCGGCUAGCGAGACUGUGAUCGGCGACGAAGCGGCCAGCGAGACUGAGAUGGGCGACAAAGAAGCUGUCCCUAAUACAGUUGGUACAGAAGCGCCGACCGAGGCCGUUGCUCCAAGACCCGAAGAAGCUUGGACCGAGGCAGAGACAUCGACGCCGACGCCAGUAGGUACCACUUGGACGCUCGUCGAGGCCGUGAGAAGAGACGAAGAUGCAUCCACACCCACGCCAAGGGUGACUGUAGGACUGACAGGCAAACCAGAUGCCGCAGCGGAGAUCGCGAUGCUAGCUCCAGAUGUACCUUGGACCGAAGCGGACAGAUCGAUACCAGCGGAAGAUGCCGGGACAAUUGUGCUUGCUGUAGGAUUGACCGUCGAGCCUGCAUCGAGCGUGACGCUGACUGGUACACUAGAAGCUCCAAUUCCAAGCCCGAUGCCAAGGUCAGAGCUAGCAGCAGCAGAGGCCGAGACAUCAACUCCGGGAUUGGUUACCGAUACUAGCACGGUUGUCGCUGGAUUGGCUGACAGAGCAGCGGUGAUCGUGGCACUCAGUGGCAGGCCCGAGUCUCCAGCAGAUACUGUGGCGUCGAUACCGGAGGUGGCGGCAGCGGUUGCAGAGACAUCGAUUCCUGCACCAGCCCCUAGCGUAGAGGGCACUGCUGAUGUCAGUGUCUGCACGAUAGAUGCUGACAACGAUUCGGCAUCCAAGGAGCUAAGAGCGCCCGACAGAACCGAUACGGCACCUCCCGAAGCUGCAGUUGAGGUUGCAGUAGCACCAACGAGCACGCCUGAGAUAGUGUCAGAGGCAACGACUCCGAUGCUAGCAGAAAGGAGCUGGGAGGUCUGUAAAGCACUAAUUGCCGACACGACUGAUGAUAGGUCAGCGGAAAUGAUCGUCGACACCGGCAGGGCAUCCGGAGAGCUUAGUACGCUGGACACAGCCGAUAUGGGAUCAGCUGUCACACCGACCGUGGCAGUAGCACCGACUGGCAAGCCUGAAGCGCCUGCCGAGACACCCAGACCAAUAGUUGAGGACAGAUCAGCUGAAACAGAAACAUCGACUCCGGGUACACUGGUCGGCACAACCGAUACGACUGGAUUGACGUCUGCUGUCGUAGUAUCGACGGGAGGGCUUGAGGCUGCCACUGAGAUGGCCACGCCAAGCGCGGAAGACACAUCAGUCGAGACCGAGACAUCGACUCCUGGUACACUAGUCGGCAAGAUCGAUAGAGUUGGGUCGACUGACACUCCGGCAGUUAUAGUUGGGCUAACAAGGAGGCCUGAAGCUCCCACUGAGACGUCCACGCCGACAGUAGAGGAAAGCUGUGCAGAAGCAGAAACAUCGAUCCCACUGGAAGCUGUGAUGGAAGGCACAUCCGAUGUCAGGGAUUGA